CUUCUGCAACUAGAGAGCGGACAUGUUAGCCCUGUCAUAACGGGGAUACACGGGUAGUUGGACACUUAGUGCAGGGAUUUUCUGCUAGGGAAAUCAUGGACGCCGUAAACGCUUUUAACCAUGAGCUGUUCUCCUUGAUGGACAUGAAGCCCCCAAUAUCUCGAGCCAAGAUGAUAUCCAUCACUAAGUCAGCCAUCAAAGCUAUGAAGUUAUAUAAACACGUGGUCCAGAUUGUUGAGAAGUUCGUUAAAAAGUGUAAGCCGGAGUACAAGGUGGCAGGUCUAUAUGUUGUAGACUCCAUUGUCCGACAGUCCCGUCAUCAGUUUGGCAUGGACAAGGACGUGUUCGGACCACGGUUCACUCAAGAACAUCACGGGAACGUCUUUGAGAACCUCUGUCUCUGUCCCACUGAAGAACGGAGUAAGAUAGUGCGUGUGUUGAAUCUGUGGCAGAAGAAUGGUGUGUUUUCUCUCCUGGAGAUCAUCCAGCCUCUUCUAGAUAUGGCGACGUCUGGUUCCAUCAGUUGCUCUCACACCGAGAUGGACGACCCGGACCCAGGUUUCCCUCAUCCCCCUCCCUGUAAAGGGUAAGGUCACCCAGUAACGGAAAACACUGUUGUGGCGCCUGUCUCUCAGCUUCAGAACUCGGACGCAUUCGCGGCUGUCGCUCAGCUCUUCCAGUCCUCGAAGGGACAACAGCUUCAGCAAAUUUUCCAGAACUUUCAACAAAAUCCGUUAAAGCCUCAGACUCAUCCCUUCCCACCCCAGACCCACAGCCAACCUCAUCCGCCUCAACCUCAUCCUCAACCCCAGACCCACAGCCACCCCCAGCCUCAACCUCAUCCUCAACCCCAGACCCACAGCCACCCCCAGGCUCAACCCCAUCCUCAUCCUCAACCCCAGCCUCAACCCCAUCCUCAACCCCAUCCCCAGACCCACCCCCAGCCCCAACCUCAUCCUCAACCCCCCCAGCCUCAACCCCAUCCCCAACCUCAUCCUCAACCCCAUCCCCAGGCUCAACCCCAUCCUCAACCCCAUCACCAGGCUCAACUCCAUCCUCAACCCCAUCACCAGGCACAACCCCAGCCUCCUGCCAACCUCCACCACCUCCACUCCCAGCUCCAUCUCCAGUCCCUGACCCCCGCCCUGGGUACGACCGCCAGCGACUCCCUCCCCUCCAGCGAGCCCAGCCAGCAGAAAACAGCAUUUGACAAGGUGGCUACGCUGUUGGACCGCUUUGACUAUGACGAUGAGCCUGAGGGAGCCGACGAAUCAAAGAAGGACCAGACGUCUUUGUAAGACCUUUCCCUUUAUAGUGUGUUUACCCAACAGCCUCCAGGUUUCCCCAGCACUUUCAACAUGAUGGGCAUGGUCCCGGACCUCACACGCCAGAUAUCUCUGCCUCCUAACGGCCAGCUCCAGGGCUAUGGUUCUGCCGGCCAGGCCUACCCAGGAAUGGUGGUUCCAGGCCAGGCCCUCCCUGGUACAGGACCUCCAGGCUCUCCCUGGGGAUACCCUCCAAACAAGGACGCCUUUGGCCAACACGUGGGCCAGCAGGAACAGGAUAUGAAUAUGGACCUGGACCCCCCCUCCAUGAAGGAUGGAAGACACCGACCAGAUGGCAGGAAGUCACCAUCGGGCUCUAGGUCUCCGAAGAGGAGGCGGUCGCGGUCCAUCUCGAGGACACACCGGUCCAGAGACCACCGCAGACACUCCCCGCGGUCACGCUCCCAGGAACGCAGGGAGAGAGAGAAGGAGAAGGAGAAGGAGAGGGAGAGACGCCAGAAAGGACUGCCACAGCCCAAGGCUGACACGCUGAGCGUGUGUAGUACCACUCUGUGGGUGGGUCAGCUGGACAAGAGAACACAGCAGCAGGAUGUAGCCUGUCUACUGGAGGAGUUUGGACAGAUAGACUCCAUCAACAUGAUUCCUCCUCGAGGUUGUGCCUACAUCGUCAUGGUCCACAGACAGGAUGCAUUCAGAGCUCUGCAGAAACUCAGCAGAGGAUCCUACAAAGUCAACCAGAAAGCCAUCAAGAUUGCGUGGGCCUUGAAUAAAGGGAUCAAGGCAGAGUUGAAGCUGUACUGGGAUGUGGAGCUGGGCGUUACCUUCAUCCCCUGGUCGAAGAUACGACAGGACCAGCUGGAGGACGUCAGAGAGGGAGGGACGCUGGACCCAGACACGCUGGACCCAGAGUGGAGGAGUGUUCAGAACAACCAGGAGGCGCCAGAGGAGUUCAGACAAAAUGGCCGCUCUGAGCCGUUAGCCACGGUGGGGGACACACCUGGGACCGCACCUGUAGACGCUCCUGUACAGGCUCCUCCCUCGGCGUCUCCUCUACCCCAGGUGCAUCCGGUCCAGGUGCAGUCGAUGGGAGGUGUAGGUUCUCUCCAGCAGCACCCCUCCUUCCCCCCUGGGCCUGGCCCUCCUGGUGGUCCCCCCAUGGGCCUGCCUCCCCCUUCCUUCCCCCCUGGUGUCCCGCCCGGACCUCCUCCCUCCUUCAUGAGACCGGGACCAAGGUUCAACCCCAUGCAGAUGAUGCCACCUGGUUUCCUUCCGCCUGGGUCGAUGCCAUUGGGCCCCUCUGGCCCCCCUCCCUCAGCAGCAGGGGGUGUAGGGGUAGUUGAACUAUCUCUGGAUCCAGCCGGCCUGGGUAACCAGGUGCCUGGUCCUCCAGGGGGCUCACCAGGCGGUCCCAUCCCGCUGUCUGGAGGUCUUCUUGGGGCUCGCCCCGGCAUGAUCCCCCUCCAGCGCCCCCCAGUCCACUCUCCUGGUCCGGUCCUCCCCCCACCUCACAUGCAGCGCUUCCCUCCUCCCCACGGUGGCCCACAUGGCCCCCACCCCCCUCGGGGCCCUCCCCACCACAACAUGCCACCCCAGAUGAUGCCCCCCAACAGGGGCCCCCACCCUCACAUGAUCCACCACGAUGGCCCCCCUCUGCCGCCCGGGGGCCCACGGGGGUUUGGGAUGGGCAUGCCCCCUUCCCAUCCCAUGAGGGGUCCCUUCCCUCCCCACGGGCCCCUCCCUGGGGGGCCCCCACCACCCUUCAUGAGGGGGGGCCCUCGAGGGCCAGAUGGGCCGGAGGAGAUUGAUGGGAGGGGGCCCUUCAGGGUGGAGAGACCUGUGUUUAGGGACAGAGAUCCAGACAGGGAGAGGGACUGGGAGAGGGAGAGGGAUAGGGAGAGGUUUGGUGGAGGGGGGAGGCGGUUUGGGGAAGGAGGGAGAGGAGGAGGAGGAGGAUGGGGAGAAAGGAUGGAGGGAAGGGAAAGGUUUGGGGGGUGGCAGGAGGACGUGGGAGAGCCGAGAGGAGGGGGAGGGUGGGAGAGAGAUAGAGACAGGCGAGACUGGAGAGAGAGACGAAGCAGUCCUGAUGGAGAGAGGGAACGAGGGAGAGGAGGAGACGGAGGAGAGAGUGAGCGCGGAAGGAGUGCGGGAGGAGAGAGGGAGCGAGGUAGAGGAUCAGAGGUAGGGGAGAGGGGGAGAGGAGAGGUAGGAGAAAGGGGUAUAGGAGAAAGGGGUAGAGGUAUAGGAGAGAGGGGGAGAGGUAGAGGAGAGGUAGGGGAGAGGGGGAGAGAUAGAGGAGAGGUAGGAGACGUGAGGCUGCAUGAUGGACAGGCAGCCCUCUGGACAGGACGCUAG